CUUCAUUGUUACGCGGAAAAUUUGAAUGAAGGUGUUACGUGUGAAACAAAAUCAUCUUUAGUCUACUUUGACACUUGCACGAAUUGAACGAUCAAAGCUUUGUGUGUUCGAACUGAGAAAAUGCUUGUCCAUAAGCCUGUCAAAAACAUGUUCCAAAACUGACAUGCUGGGCUAGAAAGAGUUGAGCAAGAGAUUUGUGUCAGACACCAGGAUGGAUGAGGAUGGAGCUAGUGCGAGGAUGGAGGAGAGUAUAGAGUCCAGGAUUGAAAAGCUGAGUGCUAUGCUUCACGGCCAGCGUGAGGAUGGAGUUCGCAGAUUCCUGGUCGGACACGAUGGCCUGCUGGAUGCACUUCUCGCUCUUUUUGAGGAGUGUAAGAAGGAACAGCUGAUGAAGAACAAACAUGUGGCAACAUUUGUACAGAAAUACAGAACGACUGUCAGAGAGAUUCAGAGAUUGCGUAUCAGUGUGCGUGAUUUUGAAGUAAAGGACACGAUAGGCCGGGGUCAUUUUGGAGAAGUCCAGGUAGUGCGUGAAGCAGCCACAGGAACUGUCUAUGCCAUGAAGACUUUGAGAAAAAGCGAGACCUUAUCCCAGCCAGAUAUUGCGUUUUUUGAAGAGGAGCGUGACAUCAUGGCUCAGGCUGCCAGUCCAUGGAUCACACAGCUCCACUAUGCCUUCCAGGACCAGGACAACCUUUAUCUGGUCAUGGAGUUCCACCCUGGGGGAGAUCUGCUCUCUCUGUUAGCACGGUAUGACGAUGUGUUUGAAGAGAAGAUGGCCAAGUUUUACCUGGCUGAGGUCUCCCUUGCCAUUAAUGACCUCCAUUCCAUGGGAUAUGUUCAUAGGGAUAUAAAACCGGAGAACGUGUUAUUGGAUAGGUGUGGUCACAUAAAAUUGGCGGAUUUUGGCUCAGCAGCCAAACUGGGCAGAAAUAAUAUGGUAUCCUCGCGUAUGCCUGUGGGCACACCAGACUACGUCUCCCCAGAGCUUUUAGUGGCCAUGAACAGUGCUGACGGGAUGUCUAAGUACGGAGUGGAAGUAGACUGGUGGUCCCUGGGGGUGUGUGCCUACGAGAUGCUGUACGGGAAGACGCCCUUUACUGAUGAGAACGGCUCCAUGGUUACCACCUACAGCAACAUCAUGAACUUCAAGAACUGCUUGGCAUUUCCAGAUGAGCCUAAAGUGUCAGAAGAUGCUCAGACCUUUGUGAAAUCUCUAUUAUCUGAUGCCAAACACCGUCUGGGUUUCAAGGCCAUUUGUUGUCACUCAUUCUUCGGCCAGAUAGACUUCCAGCACAUAAGAGACUCUACCCCACCUGUCGUUCCCACAGUCAAAGGCCAAGACGACACGUCCAACUUUGACGAGUUUGAGAAACUCCGCCCACAGCUGUGUGUGAAUGAUUUCCGUAGCUCCAGUCAGAGUGAUUUCAACGGCAAAGAUUUGCCGUUUAUUGGGUUCACUUACACUAAAGAACUCUUCUCCCAUUCAAUUUUGUCACCUUCCUUUGGAGGUGAUCUUAGCACGUUCAGCUAUGCAGAAAACCCUGUGCAGCCCACAACAGGGGUUAGUGGGUGCACCACCUCGACAUCUACCACUGCAACAGUUACAACCUCUGGGUCACCGGCCUGCAGUAACCUAGAGGUGAAGUUGACAGUGAAGAUCCAGGAGCUACAGACUGUGAAGGAGAGAUGUCACGAGCUGGAGGAGACGGAGUGUCACCUGAAGUCUCACUUACAGGAGAUGGAGCAAUCCUUCCUCAGCAAGGAUGAGGAGCUAAGGCUGGCAGAGCAGGCCAAGUCCACCCUGGAGAAUAACCUGGAGAAGUACCUACACGAGUACAGGAAAGUGAAGCUAGCUCUAGAGGAUGCUCUUGAGGGCAAAAAGAUCAAUGAGGCCAAAUUCCAGGCUUUGUUUUUUGAAGCUCAGAAAUUGAGGGAGGAACUCCAGUUGAUAGAGGAGCAGUCUGAAAUGCACGACCGAGAGGUCAGAUCUGAGACGGAGGACUUGCGAGGAGUGAUCUCACAGCUAGAGGUUGACCGGGAUAAUCUGACCCGACAGCUGGCCCGCAGACAGAAUCAGCUGGAUGCGUGUACCAGUCAGUUAGAUGGCCUGCAGAAGAAGGCCAGAGAGCUCCAGGGAAAACUGGACAAGGAGAGGCGUAAAUCGCGGGAGACUCAGAAGAAAGACCUUGAGGUGCUGGAGAACGGAGAGGCGUUCUGGCGAGACCAGGUGCAGGAGAGAGCUGACCAGCUGGAUGAGCUACAAGACAAGGUCAAGACCCUGGAGACUCAGUUAGAGGCGUACAGGUGUGAGGAGACUGUGAAAACAGAGCGUGAGCAGAGCCUGACAGACAGAUUGAUGUUACUGGAGGCACAGAACAAGGAUCUUGUAAAGCUGUCUGGCAAAGGAUCAGAAGAUCGUGAGCGUAUUAUUCAGCUUGAAACAAAACUUGAGUCGAAAGAGCAGGAAAUUAGGGAGUUGCAAGAUGCAGUGACAGCAUUUAAACUGAAGGAAGGACAGUACCAACAGGAAAACCGUACAGAUCAGAAAAUAAAGGAAAUCAUUGACAGGUUAGACAAGCACAGGUUAGAUGAGAGAACAUGGAAGCGCAAAGAACGCGAGUUCAAUGAGAAAAUCAAGGACCUUGAGACUCGCCUGGAUUUGUACCGCAGUAAAGGUUUGCUGGGAUCAAGUUCCUCUGAUGGUCAGAUGCAUGACAGACUGUCUCAGUAUCAAGAAGAGGUCCAGGAACAGAAAAAACUUAUCAGGGAUCUCAAAGACAAGGUCCAAACCUGCAUUGAUAACGAGAGAAAAACCUCAUCCAAGGAGACUGUUUUGCAAUCCAGAAUUAAGGAAUUGGAAGAUCAAGUCUCUGCAUUACAAACAGAAAAGAGAGCUCUGUUAACGAAGGGGGAUAAGCAGCAAAAGAAAAUUGAUGACAAAGAAAGGCUUCUCACAGAGCAUGAAGGGACGAUUUCCUUGCUGAACGUGAAAGUGUCCCAGCUGGAGAGACAGAUCAAAGAUCUGAACAGCAAGCGAAGGGAGGAGCUAGCUACAUGUACUACCAUCACAACUCCCAAAUCAUCAGCCAGAGAAAGACUUGAGGAGAGGAAACUGACUGCAUUGCGAGAGGAGAAAAACAAGCUAGAACUAAAGGUUUCAAACCUAGAGAGACAGCUAGACAGGUCCAAAAACCGGUCGGAUGCAACGCAGCAGAAGAUUUUGGAGAGGAAACUGGAGAAUGCGGAAAAAGACAAAGCAGAUCUGACUGAGACGAUAUCUAAACUUAGGAAAGAUCUGCUGAAAGCAAGGUCUGAGAAGAGGUCGAAAGCUGGUACUGAAGGAUGUUCGGAUUCAGCAGAGCUGAAAUUAAAGGUUGAAAAGCUGCAGGCUGAGGUUGAUGAGUUGAGGAGCAAACUGAAGAGCCGCGAAAAUGAUGUUGUGAAAUUGGAGAACAUGAUAAAGCUGCUGAGAGAAGAUCUGGAUGCUACUAAAUCAGAGGAUAAAGAAAAUGAACAGUUGGAAUCGGUUGAGCUGAAAGGAAGAGUUAAACAGCUGCGACACGAGCUGGAAGACACGAAGUCGGACAAUCGCAAGUGGCAGUCUGAAACAAUGGUGGAACUUAGGAGCACGAUACGGAAACUGAGGCAAGAGCUGGCCGAGGCGAAGGCAAACGAACAGAAUCUCGAAACUACCCAGAUGAACAACAAAAUCAGGCGGCUUACAGAGGAGCUUGAACGUGUGAAAGCUGAGCACCAAGAUGAUCGAGUCAAACCAAGUAAUAGUGAUCACUCUAGUUGUCAGGCCGAUAUUCAGGAGUUGAGAGAAACGAUCAGCAGACUUCAGGAUGAGCUGGAUCGGCUGAAAUCUGAAAGAGAAGCAACAGUGACCGAUUUGGAUGUUGUUCACUCAGAAAAGUUUAUUGAUAUCAAAAUGGAACGUGAUGAGCUGGAAGCAAGAGUUUUCCAGCUGGAAGAAGAAUUGACUGAAAUGAAGAAAUCUUCAGAUGCUGGAAAUCUGGAAAUGGGGUAUGCAGGUGUGGAAAAUGUGGACAUGGUUGACGUUGCUAGUAGUGGCAAUGUUGACAUGGUUGAUACCAAUGCUGGAAAAAUAGAAAGUACUGGAAAAGAGAAGACUUCCAGCAAAGGGGAGGUAAGCACGUUAAAUAUUGACUUCAAAGUUACAGUGCAGGAUAUAGCUCAGGAAAACAGGAGUUUGAAAGAGAACCAGGACAAGACUGGUUCUGGCUAUCGAUACUCCACCAGGAGCAAGUUCAGCGACCUGAAACAGUACAACGCCUUCUUAGAGACGCAGGUAGAACACCUGCAGAAGCGGCUGGACGAGGCGUUGAAGGAUUCUAACGGGAAGUACAGAGCUGAGCUGGAGAAACAGGUGGAAUGUCUUAAAGAAGAGCAAAUGAAUUUACGGGCAGAGCUAGAGAAGGCACAGGAAGAGAUGAAGGAGCUGAGACGCAGAGAUCGCGAGCGAGCUCAUCUUGACCCCGAGACAGUCAAAGAAGAGAAGCUUUACUUGGAAACCAAGAUAAUGAAUUUGGAGAAGCAAGUGACGGAGCUGAAGAACCAAGGCGAGAUUGGACGUGAUGAGGUUACGCGACUACAGGAGCAACUGCAACAGAAAUCCAAAGAGAGUCAGGAGAAGAUUCGUGAACUGGAGCAGCGAUGUCAUGAAGCAAAUCUGACAGUCAGCGAAGCACGCUCGCAGGUUUCCUCUCUCCAGAGGAAGGAGAAGUCCCUGAAAGAACAGCUGGAUGGCCUACAGAAGCGAAUGAUGACCGGAGUGAAGGAUAUAGAGGACAAACUACAACAGGCACAGGUUGAAAAACGUCAAGCUGAGGAAUCUAAAGAUCAGGCAGUUCGGGAAAAAGAAGUGCUUCUGCAUCAGCUGGAAAGAGAGCUUCAGUUGACCAAAUCACAGCAUGAAAAGUCUGCCAGACAAUACAAGGACUUACAGGAGCGUGUGGAUGAUGUGACGAAGGUCAAAGGUCAGGUGAACAUGGAGUUACAGACGGUGAAGGGUGAGCUGGCGACACGGACCCACCAGCUGGAACUGGAAACAAAGAAAGUUGAAAAACUGAAGUUUGUUUGUGCCGAGUUAGAAGCUCACAUUGAUGACCUGGAAGCACUGAUAGAACAUUACGAGAAGAAAGAAGCAGAAUUCAAGAAGAUACGUCACAAGUACGAGCGUGCUGUCGAUGAGAAAGAAGAAAAACUAGAAGGCACGAGUCACAAACUGGAGGCAGAGCAGAAAGCCAAACAGACAGCGUGUGACAAGGUGAAGUACUUGAAGCAGAAGCUGGACAACUCUAAGGCCAUGUACAACAUGGAGCUGGACUCUGUCAGCCAACAACUGAAGGAAGCUCAUUGUACCAUAGACAAGCUCAAUGCUCAGGUAGGGGAGCUGGAACAGACGAGUGCUAAGCUGGAGAUGAUUCUGAAGACACACAAGGACAAUCUGAACGCUGAGGCUAAUGAACAAGUGAAACUCAAAGAGGAGAUAUCGCGGUACAUCACAGAGAAUCAGACGUUACGAGAGUCUAACCUGAAGCUGACACGUAACCUGGAGGAGGCCAUGGACAAGUUUGAGCUGAUCUUUGGAGAGAAGGUCGACCUGGAAAACAUCAUGGAGAAGCUUCAGGACUGGCAUUUCCUAGAGAAGUACCGCUAUGAGUCUCACAGCGAACAGCUCUUCAAACUUAUAGACUAUCUGCAGACUAAGAAAGAGUCCAACAAGAAAAAAAGCAAGUUCAGCUUCAGGUCCAAGGACACAGCAGCAGGAGGCGUGCCUGUCCAGUGGAAGGAGCUGAACACUGCGCUGGACACAGAGAGGAAGCGAUGCGUACGACUGCAGGAGCAGGUGGACAAACUACGCCAGGAGAACUACAAGCAGUCUGCGGAAUUGUUACAGCUGAAAGGUUCGCUGCCAGACAAGGCACCCUCGGGCCCACCCCGCACCCCGUUAAGCCGAAACUCUGUCUCAGCAAUCACUAACUCACCCAGCAGCCAGCUCAGUCCCAUCCCCAUGGGCACGCCAAGGCCUAGCCAAGGGCAGUUAACUCAACCAGCCAAGACACCACAGCCAGCCAAGCAGAGGAUGCAUCAUAAAAUACCACACAAGUUUGUGAAAGGUCUCAACACCAAGGCCACAAAGUGUGCAGUAUGCUUGGGAAGUGUGCACUUUGUGAAGCAGGCAACAAAGUGUCAAGAAUGUCGCCUGGUGGUGCAUCCGAAGUGUCAGCCUUCUGUCCAGGCUACCUGUGGUCUACCCACGGAAUACGCACAGCACUUUGCCAAGAUCAUGGACACUCUGAAAUCAACGGAACCCAACCAGCUUUACCCCACCCUGGAGCUAGAGAAGUCGUGUAAGACACAGGGAUGGUUGAAGAUAGCACGAUCCAGCAAACCUGUGUGGGAAAAGAAAUGGCUGAAACUGGAAGGGUCAUUGUUGAUGAUAUUUCACGAGGAGACUGAUGCUGCACCAGCUGACACAUUUGACCUCAACCCUCCUAAUGCAGAUGUCAGCGUCCACUCUGCGGUCACCACAGCAGAGCUCUCCUCAACAGUGGGCACUGACUUGGCCUACAUCAUCAGGCUGGACAUGACAUCUCACACCACCUGCUGGCCAGGAAGGACCCUGUACCUGAUGGCGUCAAACUUCAGUGAGAAGCAGAAGUGGGUGGCCAUGUUGGAGGCAGCUGUGUCCACAUGUACCUCUGACAAAGAGAACAGGGCCAGCUCCUGGAAACUGUGUGGCUUCACGGAGGUGCACCUGGAGGGCAGCAAAAAGCUGGAGCUAAACUGUUGUCUUGUACUCACAGAUGAGAUCACCCUACUAGGUUCUGAGGAGGGCCUGUUUGCUUACAGUCCUCAUUGUGGUCACACAGGGCCAGUACUGGUCAGGUUUGGAGGUCUGGACAAUGUCUAUCAGCUCACCUAUGUGCCAGGCCUCCAUCAGGUUCUCCUAAUUACAGGGAAGCACCGUCAGAUCCUGAGCCUGGAUAAGCGGGUGAUCGAGGCUAAGAUGAGGGAGGGGAACCUGGAUGAGUGUGUGGUGAUCCCCAGCCAGGUGGUAGAGGGCACCCAUGGCUGCACCGUGUUUGACGUGGGUGCUUGGGCGCAUGCCCACUACCUGUGUGUGGGCAUGGCAGAGCGGGUGGUCCUCAUGAAGUACAGCUCCCAGCAGGGCGUCUACAUAGCCAAGAAGGAGUUCAAUGCCCCUGAGCCAUGUAGCUGUAUCUGUACCACCAACAACUACGCCAUCAUAGGGACGUACAAGUUCUACAGGGUAGACAUGGAGAAAAUGUCUGUGUCAGAGUUUGUGGACAGUAAGGACAACUCACUAGCAUUUGCUGCAUUUGGAGCUGCCAUACAUCAGAGCUUUCCCCUGGCUGUUAUCCGCAUCACAGACAUUGGUCUACCUGAGGAAUUCCUGCUCUGCUUCAACGAGUUUGGUGUGUUUGUGAAUGCUAAGGGUCGAAGGUCUCGCCCAGGAGACAUGAGGUGGAGUGGUCUCCCCUUGGACUUCGUGUACAGAGAGCCAUAUCUAUACAUCACCUACUUCACAAGGAUACAAGCCAUACAGAUUCCCCCCUUCUCUCAGGAACUCAAGGUGCGUCAGAUGCAGGUCAGUCUACCCAGUCCCCGUUAUCUGGGUGUGGCCAGGGCUAAGGGAGCUGUCUACUUUGCUUCCACCAAUCGCCACGCCACAGAGGUUAUCUGUUUUGGGGGGUCAGAAAGUACCAGUCCUGUCAAACCCUUGACCUUUGACCUCCACACUGAGAAUGUGAUGGAGAAGGAGCGGCAGGUAACAUUCGUCAGCCCGGAGGUGGAGGUGUCUCGUCCGCUGCGCAGAUCACGGUCAAACUCGUCUUUGGAAAGCUGCAGCUCUAUUUACACCAUAUCAACGGUAAACAGCUUGGACACGGACAGCUGGAGUCCUCCAUCUAAACGAGAAAGGCUGGCCAGAAAAGGGACAUGUCCAUGAAUUGUGCACAAGGAGGGUUUAAAUAAAGCCGGAUAUGAAGGUUCAUUAUAAAGUAUGGACAAUGACUUUACACAGAAACAGUGGAGACUUGAAAUUGCCUGUGUGAACACUUAAUGUAGGUACUGGCAACGCAAAAAACAGGGUGUGGAGGAUGCAGGGAACACUUAACGUAGGAGUCCUAAAACUGCAUGAAGCAUGGACUGAACACCGGAAAUGUGCAUACCAUGAAACUAGCUGUGAAUGAAGUUGUCAUUGGAAACCCCAGGUUCAGUUCAUGUGUUAACAUACCUUAAACUGCAAUGAAAUACAGUCACGAAGUUCAGGUACUGUCAAAUGUAAACAAGUCAGUAGUGUUAAACCCAAGGACUGUGGACACUGUAGAAGUGUGAUUCAUACUCAGUGAACACGGGGGAGUGUAGUUCAUAGUCAGUGAACACUGGGUGAAGUUCAUACUCAGUGAACACUGUGGAGUGUAGUUCAUGCUCAGUGAACACUGUGGAGUGUAGUUCAUACUCAGUGAACACUGUGGAGUGUAGUUCAUACUCAGUGAGCUAUGCAGAGUGUG